ACUCUCUUUUCUUCCUCUCUUCUCCAUCUUUCAUCAUCCUCUCUUCACCCACAUCGACAUCAUAAUGGAAAAGUUCAAGUCUAAAAUUGCCACUCUCCGUAGCGAGGCCGAUGCCUCCAUCGAGCGUGCUGAGGCUGCUGAGCAGCAGCUGGCUGGCGCCAAGGAUGAGGUCACUGCCAAGGAGCAGGAUAUUUUCUCGCUCAAGAACCGUAUUACUCUGCUCGAGUCCCAGUUGGAGAAGACCGAGGCUACUGGCAGCGGUUCCAAGGCUGCUCUUCGCGAACACGAGUUGAAGGCCGAGGAGCUCGAACGUAAGGUUAAGAAUCUCGAGACUGAGAACGAGACCUUGGAGAGCCAGCUGGAGCAGAUGACCGCUAAGCACUUGGAGGUCAAGAACGAGCUCGAGGAGACCUUGCGUGCCAUGGAUGACAUGUAAAAUGAGACCCUCAAGGACUAUACAUAUAUAUAAAAAAAAAAAAAUGAAUCAUUUUAUUCCUUAGACGCGCAACAACUUGUCUUUUUAUUGUUCCCCCUCCUCCUUCCUUCGUCCUCCCUCCACCGAAUUCACCGACUGGACCAUUUGAGGCCCCUUCGUUUUGUCACUUUCAUGUUCGAUAUUAAAAAAAAAACGGAAAAAAAAGACCUGGGUGGUUUGACCAUUCAGUUGAAUUGUAUGACAGAAAUGUAUGUCUUCUUUGUGGGAGUGGUUAGUGGCAGAAAGCA